AUGGAUUCACAUACACCUUCACCACAUCCACCACCUUCCGGUGGCGGCAACAACGCAAUCCGGGCGGCAAUAAUGGCGGCAGUGGUGGCGGUGUUCGCCGGAUACCUAUUAUUGUGGGUGAUGAUGCCGACAAACGCCUAUCGAAAAACUUGGUUGCCGGAGCUCAGAGCACAAACUGUCUCCACUUACUUCGGAACCACCCAAGGUGCAACUUAUCUUAUAUUCAGCUUCCCAGUCCUAUUUAUUGCAGUCUUGGGCUGUGUGUAUCUCCAUUUAGGAAAAAAUUCAACAAAUAGCCACGUUGAACGCACAAAUGGAGGGCGUCGGUUGAGUCUGUGGAGAAGGCCAGCGACGAUCAAAGGGCUGGGAAUAGUCACUCGAAUAGAGCUUGCUUUUCUCCUCAUGUUCAUAGCUCUUCUUCUUUGGAACUUCGGUACCUAUUUGAGCAUUAGUUUUGCCAAGAUUACGCCCAAGUCCGCUGCAAAAAAUGGAGAAAAAGUGUGGGAAGCGAGGCUGGAUACGGUGGCGCUCCGCCUGGGGCUGGUCGGAAAUAUAGCACUGUCAUUUCUCUUCUUCCCGGUGACACGUGGCUCAUCGGUGCUGCCACUUUUGGGGCUAACAUCAGAGGGCAGUGUCAAAUAUCAUAUAUGGCUGGGCCACAUUGUCAUGGCCCUUUUCACUGCCCAUGGCCUAGCUUACAUUGUGUAUUGGGCUGCCACUCAUAAAUUAUCAGAGAUGUUGAAAUGGGAGAACACAGGGAUAUCCAACGUGGCCGGAGAGUUAUCCCUGCUGGCAGGAUUAGUCCUGUGGGCUACAACAUUCCCAAGGAUAAGGAGAAAGAUGUUUGAGCUGUUCUUCUACGCUCAUCACCUAUACAUCCUAUUUGUCUUCUUCUUUGUGCUCCACGUGGGCGUAAGCUACACGUGCAUCAUGCUCCCCGGCUUCUUCCUCUUCAUGAUCGACCGAUACCUCAGAUUCCUCCAGUCGAGACAAAGGGUCCGUCUUCUGUCUGCCCGACUCCUUCCUUGUCAGACGGUCGAGCUCAACUUCUCCAAAGCCAAAGGUUUGAGUUAUACUCCAACUAGCAUCAUGUUCAUGAAUGUGCCAAGCAUUUCGAAGCUGCAGUGGCACCCUUUUACCAUUAGUUCCAGCAGUAAUUUGGAGUGUGACAAGUUGAGUGUAGUUAUCAAAGGGGAAGGGUCAUGGUCCAAUAAGCUCUAUCAACUGCUUGCUUCACCUUCUUCCAUCGAUCGUCUGGAAGUUUCGCUGGAAGGGCCUUACGGCCCUCCCUCAACUGAUUUUCUUAGGCACGAGCUAGUAGUGUUAAUAAGCGGAGGUAGCGGCAUAACUCCAUUCAUCUCCAUCGUCCGAGAGCUCAUCCACACAAACUCGACUUUAAAGCACAAAACUCAAAAAAUCCUUCUAAUAACCGCGUUCAAGAACUCUACUGACCUAAGCUUUCUAGACCUAAUCCUUCCAAUCUCCGGCCCCACACCAAUCCCCUCAACCCUAGACUUACAAAUCGAAGCUUACGUGACAAGGGAGAAAACACAAGAAGCAACCAAAAACACCAUUCGCACGCUUUGGUUCAAGCCCAACAAGUCCGACUUGCCCUUAGCCCCAGUUUUAGGUCAAAACAGCUAUCUGUGGCUUGGGGCGAUAAUAUCGUCCUCUUUCGUAAUCUACCUACUUUUUAUUGGCAUUUUGACACGUUACUAUAUAUACCCAAUCGACCACAACACGAACAAGAUAUAUUCUUGGUCGUCUAGAGCCGUGCUUCAUAUGUUGUUCAUAUGCAUCGGCAUUGUUAUGACUUCGACCGUGGCUUUUCUCUGGAACAAGGGCAACAAUGGAAGGGAAGUUAAGCAGAUACAGAGCAUGGAAGGGGGGAUGAGUCCUGCGGGGACUCCUAAUUCGUGGUUUUGUUAUAAUACAGAUAGAGAAUUGGAAAGCUUGCCUCAACAGGCGUUUUCACAAACCGUUAACAUGCAUUAUGGAGAAAAGCCGGAUAUCAAAAGGAUUCUAUUCGAACGGAAGGAAUCGAGUGUUGGGGUUCUCGUUUGUGGGCCUCGGAGUCUGAGGCAUGAAGUUGCGAAAAUAUGUUCAUCUGGCUUGGCCGCCAAUCUGCAUUUUGAGUCCAUCAGCUUCAGUUGGUGA